UCAGGCUGGGGUCCUGAGAGCGGGGUUCAGAGUAGCCAGUGUCCCAUCUGGCAGGAAGCACUCUGCAUUCUCAGCGACGUGCCUUGAGUGGACAAAUCAUGCUGACUGUGUGGGAGAGAAACCCAGCGCUGCUCGCAAGAUGAAGGCAGAGAGGGAGGCAUCAUGCAAAGAGACAGCCAUUCCUUCACCGUUUCUUCUCCUGUGGCUUUUCAUCUUUUCUUUGGCAGGUGUAUGUGGGGUGAACAUCAGCUGUCCGUCUCCUCUAGUGCGAGGUACACUAGGAGGCUCUGCUCUUCUCUCAGUGACCUACACCAGCACCAGCUCCGACCAGCCCGUUAUUAAGUGGCAGCUGAAGAGGGACAAACCUGUCACUGUGGUCCAGUCCAUUGGUACAGACAUCAUCGGGAACCUGAGGCCCGAAUACCGCGGCCGAAUCCUCCUAUACGAGAACGGCUCUCUGCUCCUGCAUCACCUGCAGCUGUCAGACGAGGGUGCCUAUGAGGUGGAGAUCUCCAUCACUGAUGAUACCUUCACUGGGGAGCGAUACGUCAACCUUACUGUGGAUGUUCCAGUGUCCAGGCCUUUUGUUCACAUGGUGGCCUCGUCCGUCCUAGAGCUGACUGAGCUCUUCAUACUGAACUGCACUCACGAUAGUGGCACCAAACUCACCUAUAGCUGGCAGAAGGGUGGGAAAUCUUUGACCAAUGACUCGCGUCUGCUCCUGUCACGUGACCAGAAGGUCUUGACCAUCUCCCGUGUUGUGAUGUCAGAUGAUGACGUCUACAGCUGUAGGGUGGAGAACCCCAUCAGCAGUAUGAAGAGCCUGCCUGUCAAACUCACUGUCUACAGUAGGUGUUGAGACUCUAAAAUGUUACAAAAUGUUACAUUAAAUCUUGCUAUGUUACCUAAUAGGAACACAUACAAAUUGGAAAGCAAAAAUAACCAAAAGAUGCAUGACAUCUACAUUCUUGCAUUUGGCAG